AGUGACCACUCAACACGUUUGCCGAUAGUGUGAAAAACUUCAGUAUCAAGCAACACAAUGAAGUUCGGAAUAAUUCAGACCAUGCUUACAGUUUCUUCUGUUUACGCUGGCCUCAACACACGACAAAGCCAGUGUAAAGUCAUCCCGAAUAUCUGUCCUCAAACCUGCAUCAUCACACUAGGGGGUUGUUCUCACUGUGUCACUUCCUGUGCAACAAUAUUCGGUGCUUCCUUGAAUAAUCAUCAGAGUCCGUCGGGAUAUCCAAGCAAUGGUGGGUCUCCACUGUACAAUUCCGUGAACGGGAACGGUGGUGGCUCCCAGUCUAGUGUCCCACUGAGCGGCGGAGGGGGGACUUCUUUCUUGUCACCAAGUUCCAUGAAUUCCUACUCAUCCAUAUCGGGAUCAUCCGGUUUAACGAACUAUAACCCCGGGAACUUAGGUCCUGUCAACCCAUAUCUUAAUUCCGGAUAUGGAAGUUCCGCAACUGGAACAAAUUACAAUCCGGCAAAUCCGGGGCAGAUGAACGGAGGUGUUCCUUUCGGAGUCAACAGUGGUGUGUUCGGAUCCCAGCCAAGUGGGUACAAUGGUGGACUGAUAUCUGGAUCUGGGAGUCAGCUUCCAGGGAAUCCAGCCAUUCCGGGAUCAGCAUACACGACAAUACAGACAACUUCCACCUCAAGUCCAGCUCAUACAACUGGAGCUACCCAGACUUGUCGACCAAUUUCCUGUUCCGAUAUCAAGUAUAUACGUUACAUCCAUGGGUGUCCGGAGUGCAUCAUUCCGUCUUCUAUAUCGCACACAACUAUUAAACCGACAACGCAUAUAGUGACGUCAUCUAGCACCUGCGCCCCCCUGCGUUGUGUGGCGCCAUGUGAUAAAGGGAUCGGAAUAGGUCCUGCAGGAUGUCCAGUCUGUUUAUGCAAAUAAAAUACAACUCAAAAGGAGUAUUGUGUUGAAAUACUGACAUCGAAAUUCCGUACAUAAAGGUAUCUGAUGUCACGAAAUUGUCACUCCUUACAGGAAACAUAAUUGAAGAUUUCACAGACGAAAUGUCCAAAUACAUUUUUAUAAUUAUGCAUAGUAAAUUCAGCUGUUAUCUUG